AUGCCAGAAGUCUAUGUCCAGUCGUUCACUCACCUGAAAGAUCGCAAAUCGGCUGAUAAAGCCCUGGAAAUGCUUCGAAGAGUUGCAUCUCUGGUCAAACCUAUAAUGCGUAAGCAUAGCUGGGUAUUACCAGUUCUAGCAGAAUUCUUUCCCGAUAACCCUAAUUUACUUGACGUGAAUAUGGGGCAUCAGAUACUAGUGAGACUUCGACCUCCUCACUCUCCAGAUUCUUUCCUUCCAGAGGAAGAUGUUGUGCAAACCAUGCUUCAUGAACUCACCCAUAACGUUCACGGUCCUCAUGAUGAAAAAUUUUAUAAGUUUCUAGCUGAACUUCAAGAAGAAUACGAUGCUCUGCAGCGUUCCGGGUAUGCCGGGGAAGGAUUCUUUUCCAAAGGAAAUAGACUGGGAACCAAUAUCUCUCACAAUAUACCUCCUCAUUUGGCCCGGGCACAAGCAGUUGCUGCCGCGGAGAAGCGAAGGAACUUGUCUCAAACGUUGGGCGGCGGUGGGCGACGCUUGGGAGGAGGCACUGAAGACAGAGCCUUAAGUCUCAGAGAACGUGCAAAACGCGCUGCCGAACGUCGACUUCUAGAUGAGAGAUCUUGUGGUCAAGGAGAAUUUGCUCAACGAGAAGCCGACAAGGCUGCUAAAGAGAGUGUUGGAAACAAGGUGAUUGAUCUCACUCUCGAUUCCGAUGAUGAACCAGAUGUCCCCACGGUUCAUAAUGCUUCUGCUCCUGGGCCGUCGAAGAUCGCCGUUCAGCCUCCAAAACCAGUAUCACCUUCAUCGUUGCCACCUCGCACAAACCGUGCCGCCCCAAGUUCUUCCUCUUUGCGAACAGGGUCCCAAAGUAAACCACCGCCGUUCGUUAAUCUGACAACGAAGCCCCUUCGAGAUCGUUGGGAGUGUCCGGCAUGUACACUUAUGAAUGCCGCCAUGUCGCUACAGUGCGAAGCUUGUCUAGCCACCAAGCCUAGCAGUGAACUGGCUGGUUGGACAUGUUUGACAUGCGGAGAAUCAGGGAUGCCUCAUGAGUUCUGGUCUUGCUCAUUUUGUGGUACUAUCAAAGCUCAGAGUUAG